AUGGUGAACACUUGCAGAAUCAGCUUCAUCAGCAUCAUGAUCCUCCUUCUCUUCAUCAACCAGUCUACUCUUUCUUCUUCUAUACGCAUCCCUCUUCAACAAGGUCAAGGUCAAGGUCAAGAUCAUGUUCACCACCACCGAACACUUGAUGAGAUUGAGAGAGCUGAUAGGGCACGUCUCAGUUACUUGUUUAAAAUGAUGGAAGAUGAUGAUACUCCUCCACUUCCACCAUAUCCUCAUGUUAAUCCUAUGAAAAUCACUCAAUCGAUUCGACCAUGGAACGUUUGUUGGAAGUGA